GGUAAAAAUGGCGGAAACCUAUUUAAAAACCAUGAACAUUCUUACUAUUAUUCUACUAGCCAUUCCGUCAUCUCUAACAAAAGACGGUGCUAAAUCUAGGCAAAAAAGAAUCCUUUGGCUAACAGAAGAUGGUCGUUUAGCCCUACCACCAGGCACCACACUUGUUAUAGCACCAUCGUUAUCAUUACCUUUCGUUAGGUACCCACCAGAGGGAUUUUUUUCAAAUUUAACCAUAAGUUUACCCUUUACAAUUGACUUCAAUAAACUUGGUCUUACCGACAACGAAAAUCCAUACGGAGUCCUUCCUCCUCUUCUAGCCCGAUCGAUGGGCAGAGCGGCGGGAACAGUACUAGCAGAUUACAUUGGAUCGAUGUUGGAUAGACGGCGUGGAAAACGAUCAGUACGAAAUUCAUCCAAGGAGGCAGUGCCUCAAGCCUUUCACGGAGGAGAAAGGGCGUUACUGUAUGUGAUGUUGGAGGAGCUGCUCGAGCAGUUCGGAAUGGAUGGAAAGGCGUGUUUAUUGAGGGCCAUCUGUGAAGUUCACGCCUAUCCUUUGACGAAUUUCGGAUUGGUAGGAGAGAUGCUGAAACUAUUUUUCAGUGCAAGUAAAUCUCCUUAUGCCGAUAAACUGAACGAAUAUGUAGAAGCAGAACAAGCGGGUUCGGGACAAUAUGGAGGACCAGCAGAAUGUUGGCCAUAUAUGAAGGACUGUCCAAAAUCCUUGUUUAUGUCAAGGCAUAAUCCCUAUACGGAUGUGGACUCAGAGGAAGAAAAUACGGUGGAAGAAGACGCAAAACCGUCAAAAGUUACCUACAAUCCAUCAAUAAGGAACAUGUAGCGAUAUCAUUUUGACUAGGAACCCAAAAAAUAAAGUGAUAAAAACAUUAAUAACGGGUGUGAUCAAAACUAAGUCAAUAUUAAGACUUUUUGAACAAUUGUGUAUAAAUAAAAUUGCUCAAAUUGUAAAUAAGAUUUAUUUUAGAUUAUUGUUUAAUUUAGAGUAUUAUAUUUUGAUAUCAAAUUUAUUGCUUAUGUUUGAAUUUUUAAGAAUUUGUGAUCAAUUUAGUAACAUAUUGUUAUUGUUAGUAAAAGUGUCUAACGUAUUAUAAUAAUCUUAAAAUCUUUGAAGAAAUAUUUUGUGAAAAAGAUUUAAAACUAUAACUGAUAAUUCUUGUAAGGCCAUAUUUUGAAAAAAUUCUUUCAGUCUUGAAAUAUUUUGAUUUAAAAUAAAAUUAUCCAUUCAAAAAUUAUAUAUAUCUUGAUUCUUUUUGAUUUAGAACCACAAAUUUUUUCAAAUUCCUUUUUAGUCCGUCCAUAAAUGAUAAAAAAUAGAUUUAUUAAAAAAAUGUCUAAUUGGCGUAUUUGAAUACAAUUUUAGAAAAAAAAAAUAUAAAAUAUGUUUUUAUUUUUAUUUAAUAUAUUUUAUGGACGUACUGUAUGUAUUUUUUUAAUAAUAACAAUCAUACAAUUUCACUACAAUAUUUUAGCCGUAAAAUAUAUACAGGAUAAAAAAAAAACGAAUUGUAAAUACAUUGAAAACAAUAACUAAUGAGUUUAUAGUACCCUGUAUAAUUUUUUUACAAUAGUAUUGACUUUUUGUGUGCACCACGCAAUAAAUAAAUAUUUUUUAUAAUAAUAAAUUAACUAGAUUAAGACAAACAUGUAAAUACAUUAGUAACUUAACUGAAAGAACAAAUACACAAUUGUAUAUAAAUUAUAUAUAAAAUUGUUUAUAAAAAUAAAUAUUAUUGAGUAUAUAUCAUUGUUUUUUUUAUAUUAUCGAUUGUAAAAUAAUUGGAUUAUAACAAGAUUGUAGGAAAUAAAGCAUUUACCAUUCACAUUAUUUAUUUGUUAGCCAUGUCAAUAUUGACUUUAUAGGGACUAUUCUAUGUAAGAAAGAAAUUUAUUUAUGAUUUCUUUAAAGAAUAGACCAAUUAAAACGAGGAAACAGGGUAUUUCUUUGAGAAAUUAAAAUUAGUUGUUAGGUAACAGAAAGGCACAUUCAGAGCAUUUAUUUUUCCGUCAUACAUUUUACCUUAUAUAGAAAUGAAAUUACCAUUUUUGAUUAUUUUAAACUAUUCUAAAAUGGAAUGAAAGCAGUUUAAUAUUUCGCAAUUCUCAUACUUAAUACCAAUUUUAAAUAAUAUGUGCAUUCAGAAUGUUUAAAAAGUCUACUUACGGACAUGUAACAGAUUAGAGUGUUUUAUAGAGGAUUAUAAAUAGAAACUUAUUCAGUAAAUAAUAAUUAUUUAGGGUUUAAAAUGAGUUUAUCUUAAAUAUUUUUUAUAAUUUAAUUUUAAAAACCCAUGACACUUCAUUUUUGGCACAAUUUCUAUAAAUGCACAAAAACUUCAAAUUCAAAAUUGUAUAUAAAAAAAAAAUAAUAAUAAAAGGGGUGGGUUGGCUCAGUGGUUAAAGCCAUGAUUUUCAGAACGAAGGGCCUCGGGAUCGAAUCACUUUUUAAUUAAAAUUUUUAUGCCUUUUUCAAAUAUGUAAACUGAAUUUGAAAAUUCUGCUAUUCAGGGUACUGUUUUAAAGACACAAUUUCUUGAUUUUUAGUUAAUCCGGACCUGGAUUUUUUUGGGGCUAGCACAUUAUUUGAGAAUGGAAAAUGUAUAUAUCAAUUUAUUAUAUAGAGUAGAUCGUUAGUUAUGACCCUAGAAAUAAAUAGGCCAAAUCGACACAUCACCCUAUAUCUCAGUGAUAAAGACUGCAAAACCUAUUAAAAAUGAUAUAUUGUUUCACUGACAGUUGAAUUUUAACAAAAACAAACCGUUCUGUCAAUAAGACGUUUACAGUUUUUUUUUUUUUUAAUUUCCUGUCUGUAUACAGAUAAAGAAAGUAUAGGACCUCGAAUUUUUAGGUUUUGGGGUCCACUGAAUCAGUUUUCUGUCUGUAUACUCGAUAGCUCAUGAAUGGAUAUAGAGAAACACCAAAUUUUAAACUAAAGCCAUUCUGCGUUGAGCGGAUUAGAUUUUGGGAACAGUCGGAACAUUUGGGGAGGAACUUUAUACAGGUCAUUUUUCUAUUUUAUGGAAUAUAUCUGUUAUUUACGCUUGAAGAAGAAAAUUCUUCAGAUAAAAGUUGCUUGUAUUAUUAUUCUCUAUAAUUUUUGUCAUGUACAUAAUUUUCCUAAAAUGGUGCAUAUUCGAAAAAUUUGACAUUGAUUUUUUGAGAAAAUUGUUCAAAUAAAAGUUGUUUGCGAUAUCAUUCUCUAUAAUUUUUAUUCUAAACAUGAUUUCUCUAAAUUGAACCGUAAUGGAAAUAUUUAAGGAAAAGUGUAAAAUUUAAUUUUUCAGUAUUUUCGUUAGCAAUGAAUAUACAGGGUGCGGCAAAAGGCAGAUUUACAUAUUAAUAAAAACAAACGAUGAAAGGAUACAAAAACUUGGUUUAUUAUUGAGUGCAUGCCUUACAUUUUAUGUUCAAAGUGUAAACUGCUUUCAUCAAUACAUUUUUGGCAUCGGCAAAACAGGUCUUCCUACAGAUUUCUGCGUUGGCACAGAGAUUAUUUUUGAUAGCGUUGACUGACUUUUGUCGCACCCUGUAUAUAAAAAAAGUUUUGAGUAAUAAGUGUGUGAAAAAAGUAUUUAUUUAGUUCAUCCUCUAAACAUUUACAGGGGUUGUACAUAAUAGCCGGAAAAAGCCUAUAAUAACUAGACAGGAAAGUCAGAUUUUUUUAAUAUAGUUUGCAGGAAGUAAAAAAGUAGUUUAAGGUAUGUAAAAAAAAUAUUUUUAAUGUUUAAUUAAAUACAAUUUUGAAAAUAAAUGAAAUACAAUGUCUACUGUCACUGGAAUACAAAUUACGUCAUCACUAAUAUAACAUAUUAUUUCCGUUUCUCAAUGAAAAAAACCUGUAGAUAUAAUUAUUGGAAAAUUUUGAGUGCGUAAAAUCAAAUGCCAGAAGAAUUUGGAAAUAAAGAAAUAUAACACAAACAACGUUCAAUAGUAGACAAAUUGUUAAAGAAAUUGAUAAUUGACUUAUAUAUCAAACAAUUAUGCUUUUGUAAGGUUUGUAACAACUUAUUUUGCUAACAAUUUUGUGUUCAUUUGUAUUUUCUCAUUUUGUGCUGAUGGGCCGAAACCGGUUGUCAAUUAAUGAUUUCAUGUUAUUCAAUCCAUUAUUGAAGAUGGCCACACAUUUGAGUACAUUACUGAUUAAUAUUUCAUAGCACUUCACAGAAAACUCAAUAUAUCAAGUGUUCAUUGGGCACUCCGCCAGGGCAUUUACCAUUGGGAUGGUACAAGGCCACCAAAUAGCCACUUCUGGUCAACUAAAACAGAGCAACAGGCGUUACGAGGCGACAAAAAGAAUAGGGGUAAAUAGAAACACCUCUUGGCAUUGUUACUAACCUCCAGAGCUUUAACAAGCUGGGAGGCAGCCCUGGCCAUAUAGUCAACCAAUAGAAUUUUUGACAAGCUGUGAGGAGCAGCUCCUAUAGGUCCCUGGAGAAGCAUAAUGAACCUAGUGAGAUCUAAGUGAUGUGGGGCACUCACCUUGUAGAUACAGAUAGUCAGGAUAAACUAAAUAUUUAAGUGUAAUGCACAACGUAUUCUAAAAAAUUGAAUGUAUGUACUGGAAUUUUAGAAGAUCGCAUAGUCAUUCCAUUUUUUUUUUAUCAAAGACCACUUGAGUCCAAAAAUAUUUGGAUUUAUUAGAUAACAAAAUUCUGACAGCUAUGCUAUGUUAUGUUUUCGCUUUUUGUGGAAGGUAAAUGUUUUAUUUCCGAAACUGUAUAUCUAUAAUAUAAAAACAGAUAUAAAAAUCAGAACAAAGUUGUAAAACUUUGGAAAUUAAAAUAUAAAAAUAAUAUCUCAUAAAAGAAUGGCAAUUACCUAACUACUAAAAAUAAUCAAAACAAAAUUAAGCAAUUGAUAUCAAAAGUUAGUAUAUAGUUUCUAUAGAGAGCUUUAGCAAAAUAAAUUAAAGCAUUGAAGAAAAUAUCAUUUCUAUCGCAGGAUGGAUUUCAAAGUAAACAACGAAUGAGACCAAAAAUAAAUUUUAGUGGAACAGUGGGUCCUUGUUGUCAGUAAAAAAAUAAAACUUAAAUAACUAUUUAAAAUAUCAUGCUUGUAUAUAAAUAAAGUUAAAAGGUAUGUCUUUGGUAGAUCUAUUAAAUUUCACAAUAGUUUAGGAACCAACAAAAACUUGAAAAUACUGAACUGAUCAGAGCUUUGAAACAGCAAUGGUAAUGAUUCAAAGAAACUUUAAUAUUAAAAAAUAAUUAUCAAAAAUAUUCAAAUUGAUUUCAAAUAUUGUAAACUUAAAGCAAAUCAUGUAUAAAAUAAAAAGGAUAAUUUUAAUAAUUAGUGUUUUUAGUUUCCUGAACUACUGCAAUCAGUAAAAAUCUAUAAAAAUAUUGAUGCUAAUGACAUAAAUGAUUAAAAUAAGUACGUCAACGUAAUUUUGGCGUUUAAUAGUGGUAAUUAUGUAAUUCAAUGCGUUUAUUUUUAACGGGUGUUAAAUUUUACGAUUUUAACAUAAAUUGUAAUUCUGUAAAAAUAAAAUUAACGCAUACUUUUAAUUUGCAAAUAAAUUAACAUACGUUAAAAGUAGUUCAAAUUUGCAAUAAAAGUAUGGUUAAGUUUUAACGUCUGUCAAAUAAAUGUCGUUCCUAUUGUCAUAUUUAUUGUAUCUCUCUGUUUCCACACAAGAAUAUUGAAAAAAAUAGCGGCUGAAUGUACUUUGUAAACUAUUUGGUAGGCCAUCAAUUUUCAAUAAAAACAAAACUAACCCCAGUAACCUUAUAAUAGAGUCCUUCUACGGCAAAUCAAUUUCUAACUACAAAAAGUUUAUAAAUACUAUAAAUAAAAUAUAAUUUCUAAAUACAAUUUGUGUAAUUCUCCUGUUAAAAUUACUUGAGAACUUUCAAAAUGGUUCAUUUUCAUGAUUUUCUUUCAUAAGUUGAAUUAAACAAUCAAGUCGUAAUUUCUUAAUAUAUGGGUCAUUCUCAGUUGAGACGUAAAUCGCUUAUUGAUAAAACGCGGCACGACAAAAAUUUUGAAAUUGAAAUCAAAUUUUACAAUGGUUCGAUCAAAACAAUCAUUUCAAACGUGCCUGCAAGACGGUCAGUCAAUUUAUUGAUUUUAUCUCGUUUUAUAAGAUGCCAGGGGAGAUACUCAUCCAGGGGAGAGACUUAGGGCCCUAUUCAGUAAUUUAUCGUUUAUGGACGACAUCGUUAAGCUAACGACAGUUCAACCAACGACUUUUAUAACGAUAAUUUUUGAAACUCUAUUCAAUAACAAAGUCGUUACGUUGUUUCUAGUUACCAAAUCUGAACGAUGAUUUCUAGUAAGUUGGUAUUAUAAUUUAGUGUUUUGUGAUAAAAGAACGUAUGUUGAUGAUUAUAGCGGGCGUUUAAAUUAAAGUUUUACAGUUAAAUAUCGCCAAAAAUAUGCAUUUUAUAAAAAAAAAGCAUCAGACAAAAGUUUUAUAGUUUUUUAGGGGAAACAUUUUGGCUAAAUUAUUUUUUUUAUAGCUGACCAUAAUAUGGCCAUAUCGAGGUGGAUUUUUUUUCAAAUUGGAACCUUAUUUUUUUACAUAGGUAUUCUUAGAGUUCAUGAAAAAAACAAGAAACUUCUAAAGGAAACAUUUUUUUAUUGGAUUUCUACUUAUUGAGUAACAUCUACUUGAAAAUUUUGCUGCGCGAAAAAAAGUUGGCCAUAUUAUGGUUUGCUAUAAAAAAACAAUUUUAGCUAAAAUGUUUUACCCAAAAAAUUAUUAAACUUUGAUUUUUUUAUAAAAGGCGGUAUUUAACUGUAACCCUUUAAUUUGAACACCCGGUAUAUUUGACAUUUUUUUUGAACGUAAAAUAAAAAUUCUACCACACGAUCAGGGGGUCGAUUCUCGAUUCGUAGGAAUUCUGUUUCUCGCGGGCCAUUUUUGCUGGUCAUAUUGUAUGUAGGGUUUAUUUAAAUGAGUAUGGAUAUAUUAAAAAAAAACAAAAAACAACUCGUGAACAGUACAAGUUGUAUUUAUUGGAUUUGAAAAACAAACCAAAUUUGUGUAGGUUAUACGGAGAAGUAUUAUAGGUACUUCCAUAAUAUAGGUUUUGUUACAGUUUCGCAGUGCUACUUUAGGAACAUCACUGUUAAUAAGAAUCCAAUAGUAAAUGAUUGAAUGGGCAAUCCUAACUUUGAAUCAGAUUUAUUUUUAAAAUAAUUAAAUAAAUUAGAAAAACAUUCCUUACAAAUUUUACUUGCUGUAUUAGGUAUAUGGCAAUUUAGUUGUAAAAUUUGUAAAAAAGUGUUUUUAUUAUUUAGAACAUAUCCUGAUUCACAAUAAAAAAUGAGAGGGAAUGCAAAAAUCACUAUAACGACACUUCAUAUUAUUAACGAUAGCUCUUUGGCUAUCGUUGAUGAACGACAAUUUUACAACCAUGUUUGUCUAUUUUCAACGACAAUCGUUGUCUACUGAAUAAGAAAAGUCGUCUGUGAACGAUUAUCGUCUAUUAACGACGUCGUUCAGAGUUACUGAAUAGGCCCCUUAAUGUACAGAGUAGAAUAAUUUGUGAUUAGAGAAAGGAUUUUAACAUUAUUUUAUGAAAGAAAACAACAUUUUAUUGAAGUAUUAACUUUAUUCAGUCAUUUUAUAAUUUUAUUUAUCAAUAAUUAAUUGAUAAUAAUUAGUCUUUAAAUUUUCAAACAGCCUUCAUAAUAUACUAGUAUACAGUUUAACUUUAAAAAAGAAGUUAUUAUUUGAAUAAUAAUCUCAGCAAUAACAAAAAUUAUAUUUGUUUUAAAAUUUUUAAUUAUCAAUCAUUAAUCAUUAAUUAAUAAUUAUUAAACUUUUCAUUUUCAUAAACAGCCUAUGU